CACUUCCGGUCUUUGUGGCUUGCAGCUAGGGGUCGGCGGCUCAUUCCCUGGCCGCUCCUGGGCUUCGCGGAAAGAAGAGAUCACUCACACUCUUCAAGCACAGAACCCAGGUGUACUGAGAUUUUUGCUAAGUUCUUUCAGCCAAGAAUGGCUGUGGAAUCUGAAGUGAUUUCAACCUUGAUACCUCAGGAUCCUCAGGAACAAGAACUAAUACUAGUGAAAGUAGAAGAUAACUUUUCCUGGGAUGAGAAAUUUAAGCAAAAUGGGAGUACUCAAUCCUGCCAAGAAUUGUUUCGUCAGCAAUUCAGAAAGUUUUGCUAUCAGGAGACACCUGGGCCCCGGGAGGCUCUGAGCAGGCUCCAGGAGCUUUGCUAUCAGUGGCUAAAGCCAGAGUUGCAUACAAAGGAGCAGAUCUUAGAACUGCUGGUACUGGAGCAGUUCCUGAGCAUUCUGCCUGAGGAGCUGCAGAUCUGGGUUCAGCAACAUAAUCCAAAAAGCGGCGAGGAAGCUGUGACCCUGUUGGAGGAUUUGGAGAAGGAGUUUGAUGACCCAGGGCAGCAGGUCCCAGCUAGUCCACAGGGACCAACCAUGCCAUGGAAGGAUUUAACAUGUCUCAGAGCAUCCCAAGAAUCAACAAACAUCCACCUCCAGCCCUUACAGACACAGCUGAAAUCCUGGAAACCGUGCCUUUCCCCUAAAAGUGAUUGUGAGAACAAUGAAACAGCAACAAAGGAGGACAUCUCAGAAGAAUCACAGGGACUCCCUCAGGAACCUUCAUUUGGAGGAAUUAGUGAGCAUGAAAGCAAUUUAGAGUGGAAGCAAGGAAGUGCCACAGGGGAGAAACUAAGAUCUCCUUCCCAAGGGGGCAGUUUUAGUCAAGUGAUCUUUGCAAAUACAUCUCUAGGAAAGAGAGACCUUUAUGAUGAGGCUGAAAGAUGCUUGAUUCUAACUACAAACUCUAUAAUGUGUCAGAAAGUUCCUCCCGAAGAGAGACCUUAUAGAUGUGAUGUAUGUGGGCACAGCUUCAAGCAGCAUUCCUCUCUAACACAACAUCAGAGAAUCCAUACUGGAGAAAAGCCCUAUAAAUGCAACCAGUGUGGGAAGGCAUUUAGUUUGAGGUCCUAUCUUAUUAUUCAUCAGAGAAUUCAUAGUGGUGAGAAAGCAUAUGAAUGUAGUGAAUGUGGGAAAGCUUUCAAUCAGAGCUCAGCCCUCAUUCGACAUCGGAAAAUCCAUACUGGUGAGAAAGCUUGUAAAUGUAAUGAGUGUGGCAAAGCAUUCAGUCAAAGUUCCUAUCUCAUUAUACAUCAAAGAAUUCACACUGGUGAGAAACCUUAUGAGUGUAAUGAGUGUGGGAAAACCUUUAGCCAGAGCUCAAAACUCAUUAGACAUCAGCGAAUUCACACAGGAGAGAGACCCUAUGAAUGUAAUGAAUGUGGAAAAGCUUUCAGGCAGAGCUCAGAGCUGAUUACUCAUCAGAGAAUACAUAGUGGAGAGAAACCCUAUGAAUGUAAUGAAUGUGGAAAAGCCUUCAGUUUGAGCUCAAACCUUAUCAGACAUCAGAGAAUUCAUAGUGGAGAGGAACCUUAUCAGUGUAAUGAAUGUGGCAAAACCUUCAAAAGGAGCUCAGCCCUCGUUCAGCAUCAGAGAAUUCAUUCUGGGGAUGAAGCUUAUAUAUGUAAUGAAUGUGGGAAGGCUUUCAGGCACAGAUCAGUCCUUAUGCGCCAUCAGAGAGUCCACACUAUAAAGUAACUUGUGAAUACUGUAAAUAGUAUAAAUACUUCAGUCAAAUUUUUAUGUUUGUUAGUCAAAAGAGUUUACUUUAGAGCUAAAUGCCAUAAAGGUUAUAAAAUACUAGGUCUUGAGUCUAGCUUGCUUUGUACAGCAUUUCCCAGUGCUAAAGUGUUCCUUGAAAGCUAUUCCUGUGACUAAUCAGAAGACAGAAGAAUCAUUACUUUCAGCUCUUUUCUUAUCAUUAGGAAUACUCAGGAAAUAUGAAAAAUGGGAAUGUAACAUUGAAACCUCAUUUUCUAUGAAAAUGUCAUGAAAAGGAUAUAGCAACCCAAGUUUUGUCACUGCAUCUGAUUGUUAGUGUACCAGCUUAAGGGGCUGAUGUGGACCAUGUGAGGCACUUUGUCUCAGGAACU